CUGCCCACCAGUCAGUCCACCACCGCCGCCGCCUCUCCUCCCCUCUCCCCUUCCCAUCUCCCCGGCGGCGGCGGCCAGAAACUAACCAUGGCGAGCCCCGCGCGCAUCGAAGUCGACAAGCUGAGCGUGGAGCAGCUCAAGGCGCUCAAGGAGCAGACCGAUCUGGAGGUCAAUCUCCUCCAGGACAGCCUCACCAAGAUCCGCACCGCCGCCACCCGCCUCGAGAACGCCACCGCCGCCCUCCACGAGCUCUCCCUCCGCCCUCACGGUACGGCUCACCCAACCAUAACCCUCUCCUCCCCGCAGCGUUCUACCUGCGCGCGCGUUCUCUCUUUGGUUAACGUUUUCGUUUCUGAUUCCGCGUGUGCAGGGAAGAAACUGCUUGUGCCGCUCACGGCGUCCCUCUACGUUCCCGGCACGCUUGACGAUGCCGAGAAGGUCCUCGUCGAUGUCGGCACGGGCUACUUCAUCGAGAAAACUAUGACUCAAGGAAAAGAAUACUGUGAAAGGAAAAUUAAUUUGCUCAAGUCCAAUUUCGAUGAACUGCUUGAGAUGGCGACGAAGAAGAAAAGCAUAGCAGACGAAAUGGGCAUGCUCCUACAGGCUAAGUUGCGGCAGGCAUCAGCAAGCCCAAGCUCGUGAGAGCCAAUUGCGCGCCAUGUCCCUCAUUUUGUUGGAUGGCUGCCGGGUGGUCGGUUUGCAGUACUCAGGACACAUAGAACAAGGUUUAGCUGUUUUGGUUGUGUGUGUGAGGUUCUAUGAGAUGGUUUACCUGACCAAACCCUGUUGCCAUACUCCAUCCAGUGAUUUUGAAAGUCAGUAGUAUCGAACAUGCAGCUUAGCUGCACAACUUGUACUUUAUGACUUUGCACGAUGCCGCUGAUGUAUGAGCAUCAAUCCUGAGUUUGUUGCAUUUUUACAUCUGAAUGGUUGGUUUUGUUUGCA